AUGGCUGGACACGCUUGGUCGAUCUCGGCUGUCGUCUGGCUCGUGGUUCUCUCGGCUGACCACUCGGUUCAAGCGUAUCAGUAUCAAGUGACCCUAGACCCCGACAGCAGGUACCUGUUCCAGUGGUCAGUGGACUACAAGGAAAGUCUUAUCAAUGUCCAGCUCACGUGCAAGGUACGCUACUUACUCUGUAUUUCAUGGAAUAGUUUGACGUUAAACAGUAGUGCGACAUUUGAUAGAAUAGUUUGACGUUAAACACUAGUGCGUUGUUUUAUCCGAAAUCAUUGGGAUGGGACCGGGGUAUUUCGGAUGAGCAAGGUUUUGGCUAACCAAAGCCUCACACUCCACUGUUAGGUUAAAGAAAUAAAUAAAAAACGGAAGUUAAUCUUUUAUCAUGAAUCAUGCCCUUAUGCAUUGUUGCUUUGAAGUUUAUCGUUUAUGAUAUUCAGUAAUCAUAAACGAUAAAUUGGGGGGUCAGCUGACUGAUUAAAAAAAACGUUAAGGCCCGGAAUUUGUUAUUUGUGGUAGUUUAUUUUAGUUAAACUGAAGAAGUAAGUUUACAAACGUAUAGCCCAUUCGAUUAUCUUUCAUUUGAUACCUCAUUUUGUCUUACAAACCCAACAAUAAUUUAAAAAUAUUUUUGUAAGAAAUCCAAACUCUCACUUCUCGGACCCGGGUCCGAAUAGCCGCAGCCUUCUUGAUAUGCCUCUAAUACACCAUUAUCCCACAUCCCAUUAACCCCAUCACGCAUCCUAUUUUAACAUAUCCCUCUCUCAGUAUACCAUUUUACCCGCUUCCCCUCCCCCCCCACUUCCUCAUCCCACAAACCUCCAUCAGUGAAAACGCCAAAAAAAAAUGUUUUUUUUUUGGGGGGGGGGGGUGGGGGGGGGAAAAGGGGGGGGGGGGGUAUUGCUCCUGCAAAACGUGGUUGAAUAAACUAUUGGUCAAGGAUUACUCCCCUUUUAUCCAGAAUUCCAUUUCCGGCUCUUAGAAUGCACGAAUUCUCGCGCAAUCAAACUCGUCAUCUGGACGUCUGCUGCUGACGGACGAGAGGGGAAGCGAGGGAAAUCUCAACGAGGGGAAAUCACUGUCGAGGGUCAUUCGGCAGAAGAUUGGUUUACAAAGAUGGCGGGGGACGUGUUUUUUUUUCAGACGGCCACCCCCUGUCACGUGAUGCCGAAGGGGGUGCGCAGGUGGUCGUGACGUCGUCAUCGUGGGUCAUCUGUCCGGACCUAAACAUUUGAUGCUAACAUAGAAACAUUAUGUAUUAUAUCAGCGGUUCUAAGCCUUUUCUAAUGCCGCGACCUCCUUUAUACAUUCCGCAUAUUUGCAAGAACACAACGAAGAUCAUCUCCCACAACAAGUCUACUUUUGUAUUUAGACUUGAUUACCAUGUCAACUAUUUCUUCUGCGAAGAGUAUCGAUAGAUUAAAAAAAAAAUUGCACUCAAUUACGUAACAAUUUUUUUUUCGGAUCAUAACGCGAACAAUGUGUUUGGCUGCUGGCUGGCAGCAGUAGAUCUUCAGCAAUGGUGUGAGGUUUCAUAGCUCUGGUGAUUCUGAGUGCCUCCACAUUAGAAGCCUCAACGCCUGCUAUAUUAUACGUUGUGUUUGUGGUACUUGCGACCAGUGUCAAGUGUCAAGUCUGGGUUUCUGGAGUCCGCCGGCUUUGCUUUUAAAAUAGUUGGUAACCUUGCCGGCAAGGCUCGGAUGUUUGCUGUCAAAAUGGCGUUUGAGUUUGUUCAGCUUCAUAGAUAUUCGGCUGAUAGAACUUCACGACAAAUAACGCAAUGCGGUUGCUCAAUCCCUGGUGUAAUUAUUGAGGUAAAAUCAUACUGUAAAUAAUUAUUGCAGUAUUUUUUUUUCUAAACGUUCCUAUGUACACGAUCCAGUGUCAUGGGAUGGUUUGCUAAUGAAAAUAAUAUAUACCAAUACUUUAAAAAGAUGAGAUAUUGAAGAUCUCAGUGGGGAAAAAAAAUCUGUCAUGCCACAUUUUGAAGAGUUUGAGAAAAGGGGAUCUUAAAGUUUGAAAUAAUCCAACAUUUUCCCAAGUAAAAAUAAAAUGCUAUAAUUUGCCCGUAUUUAGUGAUACCGUUUUCCUUUUAAAAAUAUCUCAGUCGCUAGGUAUUUUGUGACAUAUGUUUACAGUGAAUUAUGCAGGCUCACCCAAAAUUGUCACCUGCCUGCUUUUUUCAAAUGAAAAUUGAAAUUUAUUUAUAAUUAAACUAUAUUUUAUGGUUUUUUAAAAGCCAAUGGCAUCUCUUAUUCAUCACUUAUUACACUUAAGUGACCUCUCUUGAUAAUAAAAACAAAUUGUGACCGAAAUAGCAAACACUUAUUUUUCAAAAAAAUCCUAGAAAAAAAAAAAAUCUAAAUCAGUGUACAGGCCACUGAGAUCUUGUACUGGUGGUGUACUGGUGGCGUUAUGGUGGUGUACUGGUGGUGUUAUGACUCAAUGGUAAUGUAAUAAAUUAUAUCAAGUUUAUACUUUCACAGUGAAAUAUCAUUAUCUUCUUAUUAUAAAUUGUAAGUAGCAUACGAGUUAUAUGACUCAUUAUGACCUUGAACUAGUUCUGAAAUUAUGGAACAGGCUUAUUUUAUGCUAUUUGACACAUAAACUAGCAUCAAUCAUUACUCACUUCACUGUAAGACUUUCAUUUGAAAAUAUAAAAAGAAAACGAAGUGGCUAUUCGUACCCGGGUACCAGAAGUGAGAGGUUGGGAUUAAAAAACUGUUUAAAAUGUUAUUGUUGGGUUUGUAAGACAAAACGAGGUAUCAAAUGAAAGAUAACUGAAUGGAAAAGUCUGUUUGUAAACUUAUUUCUUCAGUUUAACUAAAAUAAACUACCACAAAUGUCAUUCGAAUAGCACUAGUCUAAUGGGACCCGGGUGCGAAUGGCGGCGCUGCAUGUCCGGGGCCAUUUUGACUAAAUGCUAUUGGGAUUUCAUUUGUGGUAGGUCGAGACCCACAGGUUGAGAACCGCUGUAUCAUAUCAUACGAUAGUGUUGUAUCCAGUGUCGUAGCUGGGAGAGACAUAAGGGGAGAGACUGCAAUCAUUAGCACAGUAGGAAAUGAGUCAAACAGAGUAAGGUCAAAACUGAAAAAAGGAACGCAACGAAACAACGUGCGGGGCGUGCGGCCUGGGGCGGCAGCACCCCAGGGGCGACACCAAUCCUAGCUACGCCACUGGUUAUAUUAUGUCCGUGAAAUCACGACCAAGACCCUUGGAUCACUUUUUUAACACAUAGGUCACAGCCAUAACAGAUAGGACACUUAAAUUACCAUGGUAUCACGUCCAAGACCCGGAGAUCACUUUCAAUACCCGGAUAUCGAGUCUCAGAUCCGGCGAUCGUGUUCCCUGCCCGGAGAUCAUGUUCCCUGCCAGGAGAUCAUGUUCCCUGCCAGGAGAUCAUGUUCCCUACCAGGAGAUCACAUUCCCUGCCAGGAGACCACGCCUAUAAUCCCACUGUUGCCCCAUUGAUUAAUUCACCCGUUUUACACACAGGUCACGCCAGAGAGCUGGCUUGCUUUUGGAUUCUCGGACUACGGUGACGUCACUUCCGCUGACCUAAUCUUGUUUUGGACAGACGGUGAUGGCAAGCACCAUUUCUUCGUAAGUUAUUGAUGACUCUUACUGUCUACAGUUAAAGACACUAAAUCUGAUUUGUGAGACAUUUAGAGCGCAUAUAACAGCUGUAAAGAAUACAAAGUGGCAUUGGUGACUAUGUUAGUCGGUGGUUCCCUACUUUUUUGUUGUUUUUUUACCCAGAGAACCCUGUAAGAAUCACAUUCUAAGGGGCAUUAAUAGUGUUUGGGUGGGUUUCCUGGGGCGGCAGCGGAGCCCAUGAGAAGUGCACUCGGAGCCCUAAGGGCUUGGGGGAGCACAAGUUGGGAACCACUGAUAUAAGUCAUUAUUUGCUAAAUUAGUCAGGACCCUGACUAACUGCUACAUUUUUAAAUUUUUUUUUUUAUUUUUAAAAUUUAGAACAAUUUUUUUCUAUAUUCUGAAAAUAAAUAUGUCCAAUGGAACAAGACAGAUUUUCUUUUAUUUGGAUCAAUAAAAACCUUGUCCAAAAUGUAACAAUUAUGUCUUCUGUAACCCAGACCUCCCUGUACAUAAGCAUUUUAUGGUCAUUUUUUUGGUCUUUGUUGUUCUUUAUAUUCUAAGUACUAAAAUACGAUUUCAAACUAAAAAGGUGAUGAAUAAAUCGAACAGAUCGAUGUUGACUUUAUGGAAAUUGAUGUAAAAAGUGAUAAUGAUAAUCACUAAGUUGAAGAUAUAUCUGGAAAAGACUUUAAAAAAAAAAAUCAAUACUGUUACAAUUUGCAGAUAAUAAAACAGGUCGAUGAACUUAAUGACUCCCCAUUAACCAGUCUGCUUCGCCAGACACCCGGAUACCCGGUUACGUGGCCGACGGGUACCCGGGUAGGAUUUUUUUUUCCCUUCAAUUUUUUUUUUUUUUUUUUUUUUUUUUUUUUUUAAAAUUUUUUUUUUUUUUUUUUUUUUUUUUUUUGGAAAAAGUUGUAGUACUUUGUUGCUUCUCCCAGGAUGGUCACACGACACCGGAUGGGAUAUUUCUACCUGACCGGCAACAGGACUACCAUCUGACAUCAGUCGCCGAUGACCGUGGGUCAGUUGUGCUGGAUUUCUACAGGCACUUCAACACAUGCGACCCAGAGGACUACGCCCUGGACGUAAGGCGUUUUCGUGGGUUAAUAGAAUUGUUGAUGGGUGAAGGUGUUACAGGUGAACGUGAUACAGUUGAAAGGGAUACAGGUGUAAUUGUUACAGGUGAAAGUGUUACAGGUGAAAGUGUUACAGGUGAAAGUGUUACAGGUGAAAGUGUUAAAGGUGAAAGUGUUACAAGUGAACGUUUACAGGUGAAAGUGUUACAGGUGAAGCUGUUACAGGUGAACGUUUACAGGUGAAAGUGUUACAGGUGAAGGUGUUACAGGUGAACGUGUUACAGGUGAACGUGUUACAGGUAAAAAAGUUACAGAUGAAAGUGUUACAGGUGAACGUAAUUUUUAAAAAAAAUUAAAGUUUUUCGUAAAAAACUUGAUAAAAUGUAACACUGAGCGAAAAAGGGGGGUGGGGGGAUGGUGAGGCUGAAAAUUUGACAAAACAUGCAUACAAGUAACGCCCUUUAUAAGAAGCCCAAUAAGUGCUUCUCCCCCCCCCCCCCACACUCCUUAAGGCCCUGAACCGGAUCAUUUUAAAGGGUUCCCGGAAAUUUGAUCGAAAGAAAUUUCCUCGACGGUAAAUUGAUGAACGGUAAUUUCCCUUUAUAAGAAGCCCCAUAAGCGCCUCUCCCCCCCCCCCCCACACUCCUUAAGGCUCUGAACCGGAUCAUUUUAAAGGGUUACCGGAAAUUUGAUCGAAAGAAAUUUCGUCGACGGUAAAUUGAUCGACGGUAAUUUGAUCGAACAGAAAUUGGGUCGAAUCUUUUUUUCAGUCCACGCGUUAAAAUUUUCGUCAAAUUUCUUUUUGAACGCACUCUACUAGAUAGUCAAACAAGAUAAUGCGUUCUAAAAGAAAUUUGAUGCAAUAUUGUAACGUAAAAAUUGAAAAGAAGAUUCGACCAAAUUUCCGUUCGAUCAUAAUACCGUCGACCAUUUUACCGUCGAUGAAAUUUCUUUCGAUCAAAUUUCCGGAUACGAUUUUAAAGGCCCCCCCCGCUAAAUUAAUAUUCUAAUGACCCACCUGCUUUUACACCGCAGAUUUAUUUUACCAACUAUUUCAGAAAAAAAACAACAUUUCGCACCAAACGCACGUGCGAUAUUAUUAUCAUUUUUGUUAAAGGGUCUCAUUUAACGCAGUUAUCGGGAAUUUUAUUUAUAUAGCUGGUUCACGGUAAAAAAAAAAAAAAACGGUUUGGGAACCACUGCUUUACACAAACUAAUUACACAUUUUUGUGUGCAUAUUAUUGAACAUCUUUAUCAACUGGAGUGAAUGACGUCAUCGUUUCAUUGAAAUGUUGACCAUUUUACCCACUGACCAAUAAGUUUGUUGCAAACAGUCAGCAAGACGUUUACGUAGCUGUCCUCUCUCUUUCACCAGAACGGCACCACGCAUCUCGUGUACGUAGAGUCGGCGCAGCCCGAGGGCCCGCCCCUCGCCCGUGACGUCACGCGACUACGUCACGGGGUCCAACGCCUGCAGCUGUUAAAACCCGAGAUUUCGGCCCCAGUGUUCCCCGAGGACACGUGGUCGUUUGAGGUCAGGGCGCCCGAGGUCAGUAUCCAUUCCCCCCCCCCCCCCCCCCCCCCCCCCCUUUCCAUAAUCUUACGAUACCUUCAUGGGAAACUUUGACAUUUUGCAUUUUGAAUAACGAUAUCUGAACUUGACACUAACAUUUCGAAAAGGGAGCUGUGGAAUAUGGGAGCUCAUUAAUGAUUGUUGCGACUGGAUAUUAUGUUUGAUUACGCGCGGUGUGUGUUUUUUGAGAGAUUAAGUAGUUAGUGAACGCUCUUCCCGCGCUUCACUCCGUGACGUAUUUUUAUGCUUAUUAUGACGCAUUGCUUAAUUGUGACGUACGUUUUAGGCGUGGGGGCAGUCGUCAAAGGAACUUUGUAGAAUAAGGUCGUGUUUUAAUUUCUGUCUGAUAGCGAGCUGCGCUACACAUGUGUACAUGGAAUUGACAGUCCGCGAAUUUACCAUUAGAUAUUAAAGUUGCAUUUAUUAUGAAAAAGGACUUGAGUUAAUUCGGUGCCAUGCCAGUACGACGUAUCACAACGUAAAAAAAGAACUUGAUAAAUUAACCAAUCUAGUGUAAGCGGAAGUUUGAGAGGAGCCAGAGAAUGCAAGGCCAGGGUGUCAGAUUAUUUGAAAAGUAAGGGAGGUGGUAGGUCAUUUAAAAUCAUCAGUAUCGGAUCCGGUUAAAGGAAACAAGGGCGAUUUCGGGGGUGGGGGGGGUCCUUCAUCUCCCCAGGGAUAUUUUGAAUGUUUACUAAACAUAACAGAAGAAGUUUGUGUCGUGAACUAAACUGUGUUGUGUCAGGUCCACCGCUGUGGCAGCCGGAUGUAGCGUGCUGACGUCAUCAUACGCAAUGAGUUAGGGGCUACUUUAAAUAAAGGCCCUUUUUGAAAUAAUAUAAUAAACCAGCCGAUUUCAUGGGGUUCACUUAAUUAAUGAUCAGGGAAUCCCCGGACAUCUCGCAUAUUGACUAACACGCCAUCAGGGAAUCCCUGGACAUCUAGCAUAUUGACUAAAACGUCAUCAGGGAAUCCCCGGACAUCUAGCAUAUUGACUAACACAUCACUAGGGAAUCCCCGGACAUGUAGCAUAUUGACUAACACAUCACCAGGUAAUCCCCGGACAUCUAGCAUAUUGACUAACACAUCACCAGGUAAUCCCCGGACAUCCAGCAUAUUGACUAACACAUCACCAGGUAAUCCCCGAACAUCUAACAUAUUGACUAACACAUCACCAGGGAAUCCCCGGACAUCUAGCAUAUUGACUAACACAUCACCAGGUAAUCCCCGGACAUCUAGCAUAUUGACUAACACAUCACCAGGUAAUCCCUAGACAGCUAGCAUAUUGACUAACACGCGAUUAGGCGCGCAGUAGAAUGGCUCGUCUCGUCACGUGAUCACGCAAGGGGGCGCCAUAGCACCCCACGCCACAAUUUCCGAAACCACGAGUCGAUUUCACAAAAUAUUUCCAGGUGUUGGUGCCAGCCGAGGAGACGACCUACUGGUGGCACACUACCAUCUUACCGGACAUGCCAUCACCCCACCACAUCAUACAGGUGAGUGGGAUCCUUGGGGUGUGGGUGGGGGUCGAGAGUUCAGAUUUUCGGAUAAUGGUGGGGAUAAUGUGUUAUGUACUUUUGAUCACAGCCUAAUUAUUUCUAUAAAGAUAAUGAGGUCUAUGUCUUAUGCACCUUUGCUCCAGUUUAAGUAUUUCUAUAAAGAUAAUGAGGUCUAUGUCUUAUGCACCUUUGCUCCAGUCUAAGUAUUUCUAUAAAGAUAAUGAGGUCUAUGUCUUAUGCACCUUUGCUCCAGUCUAAGUAUUUCUAUAAAGAUAAUGAGGUCUAUGUCUAUUUCUAUAAAGACCCCCGUAAUGUCUCCUAAAGACCACAAUAACCAUUGCAUAUUCAUUGACCAAAUUUUGGAAUCAUUUGCAUCAACUUUCUAUUGCAGUACGAGGGGAUCGUGGCGGAGGGAAGCGGUGACCUCGUCCACCACAUGGAAGUCUUCCACUGUCAGGUCCAAAAAGGUCAGCCUCGUUUUACACACGAUCCGUUAUGUUCGCUGUUGGCCAACUUACCUCUCAUAACAUACAGAUAUGUGUAGUAACCAGAUUUGGUUUCCCGCAAAGCGCAAUAAGAUUUUCGAAUGGCAUUUUUCAUGGCGGCCCUCCACGGGACUUUGGGUUUCCACGACCAAGCUGUUGAGUGGUGGAAUGGGAAGCACAAUCGAGAACACCUAUUUUUCUCAUUAAAAAAUCAAUAUACUUUUUAGGCAUAUUAUAAUUUUUUAUUGCUACACAGUACACACAAUUUCUCUAAUAUAUAAUAUUUUAUCUGGUGUGUCCUUCUUCCUUUUCCACCCUCCUCCCCCCCUCCACCCCGACAAAUCUCCACAGGUUUUAUAUUAGGGGAAGGCUACUAUUACAUUAAUCAAUACAAAGCUACUGGUAUGGUGUAGUAAAGUCUGUUGGGCUGCCUGUAGGAUUAUUAUCUAAAGACCGGUAGGUAGGUGUAGCAGGUAAUGUGUAGGACUGUCUCUAGGCCUAUUGUUUGAAGACCAGCAUAUGUUAUAGAAAAUGAGAAAUUAACUCUUUUUUUUUGUUGUUGUAAUGCUUGGACCCACUGAGAAUUUUCUCAAAAUACCCGAAAGACUGCCCCCGGGUUGAGCUUGCUCGGUUCAUCAUCUGUCUCACGGUAACCUGAAAGGUCGCAUAUGAGUUGUGUCGACAUCGCGUCUGCUUCGUUCAGUGAAUGGUGGGGAAAAAGUGGGUGUGGGGGGUGGGGCAGAAAAUUAAUGAAAAUAAAACAUUUAAAUUAUGUCAACAUUCCAUUCGAAUCCUUUGGCGACAUGAAGUGCUAAUAUGCACUUCUGCAGUCUUUCUUUGGCUUCAUCUAGUGCUCAUAUGGACAGUCUUUCUUUGGCUUCAUGUAGUGCAAAUCUGCACUUCUGCACAGUCUUUCUUUGCAUGAUGCUUUUUAAGAAAUUCUAAUUUUUAAUUUUUGUUGGUUUCAUUUCGUACUUGAUUUUAAAAAAAUGUUUUUUGUUUAAAUUGUAUAUUUUUAUCUAGAACUGUCUAUAUAUAUUUUACAAAAAUUUCUAAACAUAAAUUUUCAGUCACUAGUAAUACACCUUAUUUAAUGAAUCAAUAAUUAAGACUUACUUUCAAUAAAAUAUUAUUUGAACAUUUGACAUACAAUUAAUACAAAUACAAAUAUAACGUAAAAAUAAUAAAAUGGAAAGUUCGCGCCAAGGGUCCAGUGAGAUUUACACCCCACUGUAGUAAUGACUGACUGUCCGUAAUUGGACUGAUAUCAGUACGGCGGGCAGAUAUAGAUAGCUCCGAAGUAACCCCACAGCCAUGCUUUCCACAUCACAGUCGUCUUUUUCUGAGUUCAUACUGUCUCCCCUAAACAAACAAAGAUGAGUUAUAAAUAGAUUUUGUAAUUGCAUUGUGGGUUUUGUCAUUAUUUUUUUUUUUUUUAGAAAAGGUCAAUAGUCUUAACAAAUAUGAUAUCAGGACGGCGGGCAGAUAUAGAUAGCUCCGAAGUAACCCCACAGCCAUGCUUUCCACAUCACAGGCGUCUUUUUCUGAGUUCAUACUGUCUCCCCUAAACAAACAAAGAUGAGUUAUAAAUAGAUUUUGUAAUUGCAUUGUGGGUUUUGUCAUUAUUUUUUUUUUUUUUAGAAAAGGUCAAAAGUCUUAACAAAUUUUAAAAAAGGACAGCAAAAUUUGAUGAAGUUAUAAGAAACUUUUUUGUUUUUUUCAUUAUUAUGUUUUUUAGUUGAAAUUAUUAUUAUUAUUUUUUUUUGGAAACAAAUUUGAUUUUUUUUUACUUUAGUCUUUGAAACUUUAUGAUUUCUAGUUGCAAUGAUUGCUAUUUAGAUUGAAAUUACUUUUAAAUAUAUCUUGAACUAUCUCCCCUUAAAAAACCGACAACAGUUGAGAAAGUCUGAUUGCGCUUGUCCCUUAUAAAGUCUAUGUCUAGACUUGUUUGGUAUGUAAGGUAGCCAAGCUUGAUUUAAUUUUUGUUUUACGUUAUCAUUACCUUGAUAUAGUCACAUUCUUAACAGUUUAUAUUCAAUUGAUCUAGGGGACGACAUAAUUAUUCUGUUUACUUCAUUUUUUUUAGAAUUAAAAGGCGAAAUGGGGCAUAUUUGUUUAUGAAAAAUGAUUUGUAGCUGUGUUUAAAAUGUAUAAGAUGUUUAAAAAAUGAGAAGAUUUUAAAAUUGAUUUGCAAUUAUAUUAUAUAAGUCCAAUUUACGCUCAAAGUUCACAUUAAGACAAAAUGUGUGCAUAGUGUAUUACAGAAAUUUGUGUUGAAAUCGUAGUUUAAUUUGAUGGAACAAUUUGUUUUUGAAGCAUUACAAAUAAAAGUCUCUAAUAGAUAUAGAUUCAUGUCAUCAAUAUUUUAUGAAACCAUUAUUUACAAAUAAGUAUCAAGCCAAAAGCAAAAUGAUUUAAGAUCAGUAGUGGCUUUAUUAGGUUAGUCACUAAUACGGACAGUAGAUUUUCGUUUUUUUUUUUUUUUUGUUGUUAUUAUAGAUAACCUUUUCACCAUACCCAUUAAUUAAAUAUUAAAAAUAUAAUAUAUCAAAAACAAAAUAAAAAAAAUUAAAGUGGAAAUGUUGCGCCAAGGGUUCAGUGAGAUUUACACCCCACUGUAGAAAUGGCUGACUGUCCGUUGCCGGACAGAUGUAGCUUCGAAGUAACCCCACGGCCAUGCUUCCCACAACAUAACGUCCUUCUCAGAGCUCAUAUUGUCUCUGCUGGACAAAGAAAGCUGAGUUAUAAAUAGAUGAUUUUUUUUAAAUUGCAUUGUGGGUUGACUUCUUUUCUUUUUUAGACACGGUCAAAACUCAGAUCAAUGAAAAAAUGAAAGAAAGAAUUUUAUGACGUUAUAAGAAACUAUUGAAUUGUUCUUAUUUGGUUUUGUAGUUAAGAUAUUUUGUUUGUGAUAAUGAUGUUUGCGUUUUCUUUUUUGUCUCAAUAAUUUAUGAUCAGUAUUGACUUUAUGAAGAUUGUCACAAAAAUGUUCAGUAGAUUUUCGUAUUCUUUUUAUUAUAGAUAACUUUUUUCACCAUUCCAAUUAAUUAAACAUUAAAAAAGAAAUUCAUCCAAAAAAAAAAAAUGGAAAUGUUGCGCCAAGGGUUCAGUGAGAUGUGCACCCCACUGUAGAAAUGGCUGACUGUCCGUUGCCGGACAGAUGUAGCUUCGAAGUAACCCCACGGCCAUGCUUCCCACAACAUAACGUCCUUCUCAGAGCUCAUAUUAUUGUAUCCGCUAGACAAACAAAGCUGAGUUAUAAAUAGAUUUUUUGACUUCACUGCAGGUUUUCGCUUUUGUCUGUCUUUAUUUUAAAAAAAAAAAAUUUUUUUUUUGAAGCCUUAAAAGCUCAGAGAAAUUUAAAAAGGACAGAAAAAAAUUUGAUGACGUUAUAAGAAAUUUAAAAAAAAAGUAUUUUUGUUUUAUAGUUAAGAAAUUGUUGUUUUUUUUAUUGGUUACAAUUUUGAUUGCUUUCUAUUUUGUCUUUGAAUUUAUUUGAUUUCUAUUUACGGCGAUGGCCAUUUGGUUUCAAAUUACUUUUCUAAAAUAUAUCUUGAACUGUCUCCUCUUGAAAAAUAAACAACAACCUUGAGAAAGUCGUACUGGCCUUGUCGCUUAUAAGUCUACACAUAGUAUUUUUAUUCGCUAAGGUAUCCAAGCUGCAGUUCAUGUUUGUUGUCCGCUUUCAUUACCUUGAUAGUGUUAAUUUCUUCCCAGUUCCCUACUAAGAUAGAUUAGUGGGGGAAAAAAAAUCAUUUUCCAAUUUCUUUUAUUUUUUGUGAAAAAUUGUGGUCCCAUAUUUUUUAUGAAAAAAUUACAUAUGUAAAAAUAUUAUUUGAAAAAUAAUUAAUACAAAUACAAAUAGAAAAGCAAAAUAAUAAAAUGGAAAGUUCGCGCCAAGGGUCCAGUGAGAUUUAGACCCCACUGUAGUAAUGACUGACUGUCCGUAAUUGGACUGAUAUCAGUACGGCGGGCAGAUAUAGCUCCGAAGUAACCCCACGGCCAUGCUUCCCACAUCAUAAACGUCUUUUUCUGAGUUCAUACUGUCUCCCCUAAACAAACAAAGAUGAGUUAUAAAUAGAUUUUGUAAUUGCAUUGUGGGUUUUUCUCGUUUUUGUUUAUUGAAAACUUUCAAACCCAUUAAAAUAAAAAAAGGAUAGAAAGAUGUUUCUGACGUUAUAAGAAACAAUUUAAAAAAAAAACACAACAUUUUGUUUUAUACUAAUUAUGUUUUGGUUUAAUGAUGUUUGUGUUUUAUACUUCUCUUCGAAAAUGUCAUAUUUCUAGUUAUAAUGAAUGAUAUUUAAAAUGAGAUUAAAAAAACAAAUACCUUGGACUAUCUCCCCUUUUAAAAAAAAAUCGACUACACUUAGACUUGGAAAGUCCAAAUGGGCUUGGAUUGUACAUGAUCAAUAUAUCUAUUAUUGGGUCUGUUGUAGUUUUUACAUGACCAAAAUAUAUCUAUUAUUGGGUCUAUUGUAGUUUGUACAUGAUCAAUAUAUCUAUUAACGGAUCUAAUUGUAGUUUAUACUUGAUCAAUAUAUUUAUUGAUGGAUAUUUUUGUCUUUUAUUUUUAUCCCUUCAUCUCCUUCGUCUUUUUUUUUUUUACGGUCUCCUAAAAGUGUAUGUGUGGCUGCCCUCGUCCACCCUCCCCCCCCUUUCCUACGUCACUAUAGCCUUCAUGUAAGCCUUGUCCUUUUGUUGUAGUUCAAACACUCGAGUGAUAACAGUGCAAUAAGUGCAUACCAGGUAACACUGAGUCCCACUGUCCCAGCAGGUCACGGCGUCCCGUACUACAAUGGGCCCGGCAUAGCUGAAGGGAAGCCCGAAGGCCUGGAGGUGUGCAGGAAGGUCAUCGGCGCGUGGGCCAUGGGGGCGGAGGUGAGUUUCGGCUGUGUGUCUCAGACGUCAAGUUGACCUCCAGGCAAGUGUCAUAAAACAAUCAAGCCGUGCUCCAUGAUGGUCACGGUUUGUCAAAACUUUGAUUAACAUUUGGCCCGGAAAGGGCGAUAGUUUGGAGAAGUGGGGGCUAAAUCCAUGGAAUUUUAAGGUUGAAUUUGGUGUUGGAAGGCAAAACAUUUGGGAAAUGUAUGACUUUAUUGGGCUUAAUUAUCAGAUUAAUUAGGUACAAAACUUGUGUGUAAAUAAAAAACAGUUAAAAACAGCUUUAAUAAAGAUGAUACAGAAUAGAAAUGUUGACUUUGGGCGAAUGCCUUAAUCAGCACACACACACACACAAACAAAACAUUUAUAGCAGUAUUUACAUAAUAUAUAUAUUUACGUAUUUUAUCUAAAAAAUGAGAGAAAAGAAUAAGAAUUAGGCGCUAGUCUCUGACAAAAAAACAAAAAAAAAAAAUUCAGAAGACUCUUAUAAUUAGUCAAUUCAUUUAAUUAUCAGAAAUAGUAUUUAACUUAAAAUUCUUCGAAUCGAUAGAGACACUUUGGUGAUCGCAACAGAUAUGAGACAAGUGCAAUUAAAUCACAUCCUUAUCUUCAGAAAACAAUCUGCAGUAUAGUUCUUUAUAUUAUGUAACGCUAAAAAAUUGCCUUUAACAGCUGUGGAGUAUUGUGUUGUAGUUAAUGUUUUAAAGUUCUUGUCUGAGGUGUAAUGUCCAUGUUUUACACUGUCUCUCCGCCUGUUUUACACUGCCUCUCCGCCUGUUUUACACUGUCUCUCCGCCUGUUUUACACUGUCUCUCCGCCUGUUUUACACUGUCUCUCUGCAUGUUUUACAUUGUCUCUCCGCAUGUUGGCACGGCUGCCAGGCGAUGAUAUACCCCGAGGAGGCAGGGGUCCCCGUGGGAGGCCAGGGGUUCUCGCGCUUUGCCUUGCUUGAGGUCCACUACAACAACCCACAGAAGAAAUCUGGUAUGUGCUUGCCGUUGUGGAAUAUCGUAAUUUGCACCUGUCGAUGAUGUCAUAUCAUUUUUGCACCUGUCAAUGAUGUCAUAGCAUUGUUUGCACCUGUCAAUGAUGUCAUAGCAUUGCUUGCAUCUGUCAAUGAUGUCAUAGCAUUGCUUGCACCUGUCAAUGAUGCCAUAGCAUUGUGUGCACCUGUCAAUGAUGUCAUAGCAUUGUGUGCACCUGUCAAUAAUGUCAUAGCAUUGUUUACACCUGACAAUGCUUAUUUUUAUGUAACAAUCGUCAAUGUUAAUACACGUUUACCAUCACACAUAAUAAUCCUCUAAGUCGUAUGUAUGUAUGGCUUUAAUUCCGUGUUCAAUAUGUGGCGCGCAAAAUAAAGUGCGCUACUUGAAUGCAUGUUUAGUCAAGUAGCUUUAGUAGAUGGGAAGAACACGCAUUGGCGCCGACAUUGUUUGGCGUGCUAUGUCUAUUAAGGACAAAGAGCAGCGGUUUUCAAUCUGUGGGUCUUGACCCCUUUGUGGGUUGGGGGGGGGUUCCGAACGACCCUUACACAGGGGUCGCUUAAGACCAUCGGAAAACCCAUAUUUAUGAAGUAGCAAUGAAUAUAAUUUUAUGUUGGGGGUCAUCACAACAUAAGGAACUGUAUUGAAAGGUCGAGGGAUUAGGAAGGUUGAGAACCACUGACAUAGAGAAUACAGUUGAGCGCCUUAUUUCCAUGUCUUAAAAAAAUUUGACCGCCCUCCUCUCUCACCCCGUUCUUUACAAUUCCAUCACCCCCGCCGUGAAAGGUCGAAUGGACUCGUCCGGGAUCCGCUUCCACGUGACGUCACAACUCCGGAAGUAUGACGCGGGGAUCAUGGAGCUCGGACUGGAGUACGUCAACAAGAUGGCCGUGCCGCCCGGACAGCGGGACUUCAAGCUGAGCGGUUACUGCGUACACAAAUGUACACAAAUGGUGAGCGGCUCAACGGUAACUGUGUACGCUUGUCAAUCAUGGAAGUUCAGUAAUAAUUGUUGCGACUAGAUAUUACGUUUGAUUACGCGCGGUGUGUUUUUUUGUUAGAGAUUAAUGAGUUAGUGAACGCAGUUCCCGCGCUUGACUUGGUGACGUAUUUUUUGUUGUUAUUAUGACGUAUUGCUUAGAUCUAGUCUGUUUUGUGACGUACGUGUUGAUUGGUGGUCAGUCGUGGAAGGAACUUUUUGUAGAAGAAGGAUGUGUUUUAUUUCUCUCAGGUAUUGAGCAGCAGUAUACGUGUGUGUAAGAAAUUUACAGUCUGUGAAUUUGUAUUAAAUAUUAAAGUUGCAUUUAUUAUGAUUUGAGCUGAUUCAGUGCUAGUACGACGUAUUACAACGUGUGAAAGAACUUGAUGAAUUAACCAAUCUAGUACACACAGGAGUUUGAUAACACUCACACUAAAAUCUCACUCACCUCUUAAAUCUCACGUUCGGAGUUUAUUACACUUUCAUUACACCUCCCCCCUCCCACAACCCCCCUGGUAUCUCGUCGACAGAGCUUACCACCUGCCGGCAUCCACGUGUUCGCCUCCCAGCUCCACACUCACCUGACGGGGCGCCGCGUGUACACCAAGCACGCGCGGGAUGGCGCGGAGCUUCCGGAAGUCAACCGGGACAACCACUACAGCCCCCACUUCCAGGAGAUCAGGAGGCUGCCGCAACCGCACCACGUCCUCCCGGUGGGUUGCUAUUGAAAAAGCAGGGGCGUGACUGACAGAUGUCGGGUUGGGGGGGGGGAAGAAUUCAAUGCCCGAUUGACUUAUAAACCUUACCUGACUCCCCCCCCCCCCUCCAAAAAAUUUUUUUAAAAAAACAGUUUAUGUGUUAGUUUUAUGAAAAUUAAAAAAGAAAGUUAAAAAUCCCGGUGGGUUGCUAUUGAAAAAGCAGGGGCGUGACUGACAGAUGUCGGGGUGGGGGGGGGGAAGAAUUCAAUGCCCGAUUGACUUAUAAACCUUACCUGACUCCCCCCCCCCCCUUCAAAAAAAUUUGUUUAAAAAACAGUUUAUGUGGUAGUUUUAGUGAAACUGAAGAAGUAAGUUUACAAACACUCAGUCCAUUCAAUUAUCUUUCAUGUGAUACCAAAAUUUUGUCUUACAACCUAACAAAAUUUUUUUUUUUUUAAAAAGUUAAUCCCAACCUUUCAUUUCUCGGACCCGGGUCCGAAUAGCCACUUUGUAACAAUAUUGCAGUCAAGAAAAAUACCAUGAAACAAAAGAUCCCAACCACUUGAUUUCAACAGGACCAGUCCUUUCCAUUUCUUCUUCAAAAGAACCUAUAAUAUCCUUGUAAAAAAACCAAUAUGAAAUUAGUAAAACAAAGUAAGGUUAAACCUGAAAAAAGAACGCAACAAAACAACGAGCGUGUCGGCAGGAAGCCUUCGUCAGUGAACAAAACAACAGAAAAAGCAGAAUAAAAUUAAUAAUAAAAAUAGCACUUAGUUUAGAAGUAGUAUCCGAGAGGGCAGCAAAUGAAUUGUGACAGAAAGUAAGUGGGUGAGAGAUUAAAUAGGGAAGCCGGAAAGAAAAGGGGAGAAGUAAGUUCACUGCGAUAGGUCGUGACGUGGAGGGGGGGAGCUAGGUUCAAGUUGUGAAAAGAGGCAUGACGUUCAUACCAUGGGGUGUUGGUGCGCCAUAGAUCAGGAUAAGCUUGUGUUCCCAAUUCACCCGGCUGGGUGUGUUCGUGCUAGCUACGAUCCAACAUAUUGAAAAAAGUCCACCUUGCCCUGGUAGUCGCUACUAUUGAAGUGUUUGGAGACGGGGCAAUUUGUAUCUUGCGUAAUGUCACGGAGGUGUUCGGUACACCCGUCCGAGAGUCGGCGUCCUGUCUCCCCUAUGUUCGACAUCUGGCAGUGGUUGCAGACAAUGGCGUAGACAACAUGGCGGCUGCUAAACUGAACAGUGGUUUUCUUGGUGUUUUAAUUUAAAAUGCAUCAGUUGGGGUAAAUUCUUAUACAUUUAUAGAUCACAAAAUCCAAUCCAGGUUUGUAAAAAUGUUUGUUUACAUGUAUCCAGGGCGACGUGCUGAUAACCACGUGCGAGUACGACACAACGAAGAGGUCAAAGGCUACAGUUGUAAGUGAGCCAGAAUGUUUUCAUGUCUUUAGCGAUAGUUUCGUAUAUUCUUAGAUCCGCAUUUCUUUGAAUAACUAGCCUUCACAAUAAUUAUUGUUUAGUUAAAAUCUGAUGUUUAGAUAGAAACAUGCUUGCAAUUUCAUGGAAUUUAAACAGUCAACUGUACUGUGGCUGUGGGUCAGCGUGUUCAACUAACUGUACUGUGGCUGUGGGUCAGCGUGUUCAACUAACUGUACUGUGGCUGUGGGUCAGCGUGUUCAACUAACUGUACUGUGGCUGUGGGUCAGCGUGUUCAACUAACUGUACUGUGGCUGUGGGUCAGCGUGUUCAACUAACUGUACUGUGGCUGUGGGUCNGCGUGUGGGUCAGCGUGUGGGUCAGCGUGUGGGUCAGCGUGUGGGUCAGCGUGUGGGUCAGCGUGUGGGUCAGCGUGUGGGUCAGCGUGUGGGUCAGCGUGUGGGUCAGCGUGUGGGUCAGCGUGUGGGUCAGCGUGUGGGUCAGCGUGUGGGUCAGCGUGUGGGUCAGCGUGUGGGUCAGCGUGUGGGUCAGCGUGUGGGUCAGCGUGUGGGUCAGCGUGUGGGUCAGCGUGUGGGUCAGCGUGUGGGUCAGCGUGUGGGUCAGCGUGUGGGUCAGCGUGUGGGUCAGCGUGUGGGUCAGCGUGUGGGUCAGCGUGUGGGUCAGCGUGUGGGUCAGCGUGUGGGUCAGCGUGUGGGUCAGCGUGUGGGUCAGCGUGUGGGUCAGCGUGUGGGUCAGCGUGUGGGUCAGCGUGUGGGUCAGCGUGUGGGUCAGCGUGUGGGUCAGCGUGUGGGUCAGCGUGUGGGUCAGCGUGUGGGUCAGCGUGUGGGUCAGCGUGUGGGUCAGCGUGUGGGUCAGCGUGUGGGUCAGCGUGUGGGUCAGCGUGUGCAACUAUUACUAUUGGUAUCGGUUAUUUUCUAAUAUUAAUUAAAAAUAGACUAUUUGCCAUUUUUACUAUGAUUUGGAUUAUUUCCCCUGGUUAUUAAGUAGGGGUGUAGGAAAAGGGUGCAGAAGGGGGCGGUCUGCCCCCCCCCCCAAGCGGCACUUUUUACCUUUUAUUGAGGUGCAGAAUUUUCGGCCAACUGCAUAGAUUUUUUUUCGUGGAAAAAAGUGUGGGGGGGGGUGGGGGGGUGGAGGGAGGCAAAACGAUUGACUCGCCACGAGUGGCACUAACCCUAGAAAUAAGAUUCUCUUUUUUUUUUCUUUCCAGGGCGGCUUCUCCAUAACAGAUGAGAUGUGUCUCAACUACGUCCACUACUACCCCAGGUCUGACCUUGAAGUCUGCAAGAGCUCAGUCAGGACUGAUUCGCUUCACACAUUUUUCUUUUUGCUCAACAGGUGACGUCAUGGAACAACUUUUAAACCAAAUUCUCAGUUGUAUCGUUGUACCCCUAAGCUGCAAGCCAAGCUCACAAAAAUAGUAACUAGUUACCAUCUUUCAUUUCACCAGUGAACAAACAAGUUUGAAAGGAUUAUUAUUACUUUUUUUUUUACAAUCACUAAUAUCUACACAUUGUUCUAAAUUUUUUUUUAAAAUAAUUCGAUGAGCUAAGAAGGUCAUGGACACAAAUAAAUUGAAACAAAAGUAACCUGUUUUCAGGGUACUUAGUUUAAAAUUGAAACACUUGUACUCAAAUUGAUUUCUUGCACAUUUUUUGCCCCAUUAUUCAUAGAUAUUCAAUGAGACAUACCAUUCAUAGUUAUCUCAUUCACGUAACGUAGAACUCUCGCUCGCUAGAACAUGUGAAUCAUUCUAUUUUUAGCCCACGGCGUCAUCCUAAAACAUUUGCCUCGAGAGUUACACCAAGAAUUUGUGUCUUGACAACACACGAGUGACGUCAUCAUCAUCAUUAUUAUUUUUUUUUUCCAAUUCCCCUCAGAUUCGAGAAUUCAAAGGUGUCUCCAGAGGCGGGUGACAGGGCAAACUAUGAAAGCAUUGAGUGGUCUCCCCUGAAUGUCCGGCUCCUGGAGGAUCUGUACAGCACCUCGCCGCUCUCCAUGCAGUGCAACAGGUCAGACGGCACCAGGUUCCCCGGCGAGUGGGAGCACGUUCGAGUCCCAGACAUUGUCCGACCGUUGGUUGUGGACACGUCAGAAGUUUGCUCGGGCCACGUCACAGCGGAAUAGAACCAUGCGACUGCGUAAGGAAUCAAUCGUGUGCACUUCAAAAUAAAAGUAAAAUGUGUUCAAUAAAGUUAUGGCAUAACAUAUUUUUUGGAAACGAAGACGCAUGAUAAAGUUCUAGAUAGCAUUCAAUUAUCGUGUAGCAGCAGACUUGGGGAAUGUGCAUAAUAGAUAGGGCGAUAAAAUAGCAACACAACUUUUGACAACGACUACCGUGUGUCCUUAUUCUGACACACCUUGUUGAUAGCUUGUUUUGUGCAAAAAUGCAAAAAAACAGUUUUGGGAAAAUUUCCCUCAUCAUUGAUUCUAAAACACACCGAGUACUUGGGCAUGCGCCUUCAAGACAUUUGGGGUAAGUCGUGUAGGAACAAAGUGAAUCUUGCAUGACGUGAUGUCACCACGUGGACCAAUCAAUGGGCUGAUAGAAAUCACAUGCUAUUUGAAUGAUCUACACCAUUUUUAGACACUUUUGAGUGGCUUAAAAGUUCCCAGAUCUUCAGCAUAAUGGGGAAAAAAAAGAAUUUUUAUAUACAAAUCUUUAUUUUAAUUAGCCUGCGAUUGGCUAAAUGUAGCAUUCAGAAAAAACUGUUCCUUUAAAGACAUUGCUUUUAUUUAAAAAUAAAAAGAUGGAUCAACUAAAAUUUAACAAUAGCACUUAUAAUUAUAAUUUACAUUGUUUGUUUAAUACUCACGCACAAUCUUCGUCAAACGAAUUUGAAAACGCACUUGGUGGUCGCCUGUGUAUGACACGGGUCACGUGUGUAGUACGUCACGCACACAUUUAUUAACAGAUAGUUUUUUGUUUGUUUUUUUAAUGCAUCGACGUUUUCAACAUCUAAACAUGAAUUUAACUACGGCGUCUAUGGCGUCUACGGCGUCUAUUGCGUCUAUGGCGUCUAUGGCGUCUAUGGCGUCCAUGGCAUCAUGUUUCAAGCUUUGGUCCCCCUCAGUGAACUCACAGAACCAAUGAAAAAA